AUGGCUGCAGUCUUCCCGGCUAAUCAGGUGAUCGUGGUCGGCGGCGGCCUGGCAGGCAUGUCCGCCGCCAACACCGUGGUGGAGCUUGGUGGCCGCACCAUUCUGUUGGACAAGUCCUCCUUCUGCGGAGGGAACAGCACCAAGGCCACCAGCGGCAUCAACGGUGCUGGGACCAAGACGCAGAAAGGAAAGUCCAUCCCGGACACAGCGGAAAUCUUCAUUGCCGACACGCUGAAGGGCGGCGCGAAGAAGCCGGAGCUUGCCAAGGUGCUGUGCGCCAACAGCGCUGCGGAUGUUGACUGGCUCGUGGACAAGUUCGACCUCGAUCUCUCCCUCGUCGCGCGCCUAGGAGGGCACUCCCAGCCCCGCACGCACCGUGGCAAGGAGCGCUUCCCAGGAAUGACCAUCACCUAUGCGUUGAUCCAGAUGCUGGAGAAGGUUGCUGAGAAAACCAACCGAGCUCGCAUUGUGACGAAGGCGGAGGUGUACAAGCUCCUCGUCAAUGCUGGCACUGUGGUUGGCUGCGAGUACAAGAAGGCCGGCAAGACCGUCAAGGAGUUCGGCCCGAUGGUCCUCGCCUCCGGCGGUUUCGGCGCCGACUUCGGCGCCGAUUCCCUCUUGGCCACGUACCGGCCAGACUUGCUCCACCUCCCCACCACCAACGGCGAGCACUGCACUGGUGAUGCCAUCAAGAUGGGAGAGGCCAUCGGUGCAGCCACCAUUGACCUCGAGUGGGUCCAGGUGCACCCAACCGGUCUGGUGAAGCCCGACGAUCCCGAUGCCAAGGUGAAGUUCUUGGCCGCAGAGGCCCUCCGAGGUGUUGGUGGCAUCGUCCUGGAUUCCAACGGCGACCGCUUCUGCAACGAGCUGGGCCGACGCGACUAUGUCACUGGAGAGAUGUGGAAGAACAAGCCGCCCUUCCGCCUGUGCUUGAACAAGGCUGCAGCCGAUGAGAUCAUCUGGCACGCCAAGCACUACACCGGCCGUGGUGUCAUGAAGUUCUACGCCUCGGGCGAGGACUUGGCGAAGGACAUGGGCGUCCCUCUGCAGAAGAUUGUGGAUGCCCACCAGAAGCACUUCGAGGCGGCAAAGAAGCAGGAGAAGGACCCUGAUGGUGGACCGUUCCCGGCCUACCCAUCCGGCAAGACUUGGGACGAGCCCAGCGGCAAGACAGGCAGCGGCAAGAAGUUCUUCCACAACAUCAUCGAUGGCUCGAAGGUGCCUACCGAACCCUUCUACGUGGCGAUUAUCACUCCCGUGAUCCACUACUGCAUGGGUGGGCUCGAGUGCACCGUGGACGCCGAGUGCAUUGACAAGAAGUCGGGCAAGGUCAUUCCUGGACUUUAUGUUGCUGGCGAGGCGGCUGGUGGCAUCCACGGCAACAACCGCCUGGGUGGCAACUCUUUGCUGGACUGCGUCGUGUUUGGCCGAGUUGCUGGCAAGGCCGCAUGCAAGUUCACCUUCGGUGCUGGCGAGAAGUUCAAGCCUUGCCCUUCGCCGGGUGAGCUGAAGGAUUUGUGCAAGUGA